GGAGUUGGGAGUAAAAUCUGGUACCUCAAGGCUACGGCCACCCAGACUAACUGACUCACUGGGAGCCGACGAUGCCAGGGGAUCUAGGAGUCCUCCGAGCCCUGCCUGUCCUCCUCCUCCUCUUCUCCGAAGCCUGCCUGGGUCCCGGAUGCCAGGCCCUGCAGGUAGAAGGGGGUCCACCAUCCCUGACAGUGAACCUGGGCGAGGAGGUGCGCCUCACCUGUGGAAACAAUGGCAGGAACCCGAAUGUCACGUGGUUUUUAAGCCUUCAGUCCAACAACACAUGGCCCCCAAUGCCGGUGGGUCCUGGAAAGGGCCCCUCAGGCGAGCUGAUCUUCUCCGAAGUAAACAAGAGCCACUCGGGCUUGUACUGGUGCGAAGUGACAGAAAAGAACGUGACGAAACGCUCCUGUGGCACUUUCCUCCGAGUGCGCAAGCCAGUCCCUAGGCCCUUCCUGGACAUGGGGGAAGGAACCAAGAACCGCAUCAUCACAGCAGAAGGGAUCAUCUUGCUCUUCUGUGCCGUGGUACCUGGGACGCUGCUGCUAUUCAAAAAACGGUGGCAAAAUGAGAAGUUUGGGGUGGACAUGCCAGAUGACUACGAAGACGAAAACCUCUAUGAGGGCCUGAACCUUGAUGACUGCUCUAUGUAUGAGGACAUUUCCAGGGGACUCCAGGGCACCUAUCAGGACGUGGGCAGCCUCCACAUUGGAGAUGUCCAGCUGGAAAAGCCAUGACUGAUGGUCCCCCCACCGUUCCCACUCCGAGUCCUGCUGUGCUGUGCUGUCCGCCCCUGCCUGCCACGCGCCGGACUCCAGCAUCCUUGCUAGUUUGUUCUUCCCCUGAAGUCCCCCCCCCUUCCCAGUGCUUGUGUCUCCACAGUGUCCCACCCUUGCCCCCCAGACUGCCCCGCCCUAUUCUCCCACGUAAUCUUGUCCUUCCCCAAGUCAGGUUCCCUCUCUAGUGGGUAAUGAGCCCUUAAUCGCUGCCUCUAGGGGAGCUGAUUACAGCAGCCUCGUUAGUGUCACCCCCUCCUCCCAGAUCUGUCAUGGCCACUUAAGUGAUAAUAAAUCCUUCCCAAAGCA